CUCCAUUCAUUUAGUUUUGGAUAAGAUAUACAACCAUAAUAACAUAAAGACUGGGUCACCUGCUAUAAUGGAACUACAAUAUUAGUUACUGACUUUAGUAAACCAUGAAAACUCUAAUUUCAUCCACUAAACCACCUCUCUGCAUCUCAAACUCUCAACCAUGGAAACCCAAGAGCCCAACAUUUCUCCGCCCCACAGCCCCACAAAGCCUAAACCAUAGCAGAAAACCAACAAGUACUCAUCACAGACCAAAUGCCAACGCCAAAGGCUUUGGUCGAAUCAAUACGACGCCACCGGCGCCGACCAUUAAGGAAAGCGCCGACAAGCUGGGAACCAACAGAGACGACGAAGAAAUUCCACAGGUCGUGUUCGAGAGAAUGAUGGUUAGAAUCGCGGUCUCUGUCGGGGUCCCAUUGGCCGGUGGCUUGGCGGCGUUGAAAUUCUUCGACGUGGUUAAGGAGCGGCACUUGUGGGAUAUUCCGAUGUGGCUGCCAUUGCUGACGGCGUUUUUUAUGUUCUCGGUGUCGGCGCUUGGGCUUGCAUAUGCGGCUUUGUCUACCAGCUGGGAUGCGGAGAAGAGAGGUUCGUUUCUUGGGUUGGAAGAAGUACAACAAAAUUGGGUUGAGAUGUGGAGAGAGGAGGAUGAGAGCAAUAACAUGUGAAAAUCCUCAAAAAUUUUUUUUUUUUAAGAAAAAAUUGUGGAUCUAAUUUGGGGGAGUCUACUCAAGUUUUAAGAAGUAUUAUACAUUUUCAGCAAAAAAGAAAAAAAGUAUUAUAGUUAAUAUUAAGCCAUUAAGUAUAAGGUUUCUAUUUUCAUAUUCUCAUAUAUUGGUUUUCUUCGAUGUUGUUGUUAUUAUUGAUUAUUGCGUAUGUCAAACUCAACGUGACCAUACAAAGAAAUCAUCUAUGUAUCACUUGUUUGAGAAUUUUGUGGUAAGAGUGGAGAAA